GCCACAACUGAAGAGAAAACAUGAAUCAAUCGAAGAAUACGACCAUCAUAUGCUUCCUGGCUGGCUGCCUUUAAUUUUUCUUUUUCUCUCAUUCCUUCUUUUCUUUUGGCCUGUUUGGUGAAAAGCAAUUAUGGGUAGUAAGAAAACAAAUAUUCAGAGUAAGAUUGUAGGGAAGACAAAAUCAAUCCUUUUCUCCUUCAAUCCUUUUAGCCUUGCUGACGGAGUGGAUAUAUUGUUGAUGAGUAUCGGCUUUUUAGCGGCGGUCGGCGAGGGGGUUUCCAGUCAGUUGACGCUUCUUAUCACAGGCAUGUUGUUAAACAAUAUUGGCGGCGGCGCAAAUAAUGCUUCAUCCACCGGCGGUGUUAUGAACUCUUCCCUUAUGAACCAGGUCUAGCAACAGUUCCAUCAACAAAACCAUCCUUGUUUUUUGAUAUGAGCGCGAGAUAGGCUUCACGUUUCCAAUAGAUGUAAUUUUGAUCUGUCAGCUUCGUACUGAUCAAGAGCAAAUUAGGUUGAUCUGAUGGAGAAAGAUAAAGCGGAUCAUUCAGGAAUUCAUAAUUCUGUGAAUUUUGAUCUGAAGUAGGCAUGAUGAAUUGGAGAAGAAUAGUAUUCGGAAGCUUAUGGAAAUCGUCAGGAUCUUAGACCUUACGCGACUGAUACCAUGUGCAAUGUUAUCUCCAUUGCUGAAUCUUACAUGAGACCUGCAACAAUGGAGUCUAGGCAAAAUAAUAAAGAAGAAAGUAAUCUUGAAGAAUCAUAGAAAAUGUUAUUCAUUGAUCAUCUAUCUGCAAAUGACGAAUUAUCUGUUUUAUAUAUACAGGGGGUCUCUAACUAACUCUAACUAACUUGUUAUAUACAGCCUGAAUUAGUUAGCAUAUUAAGUUAUCUCAAUAGGCCCUAUUUUUUUACUAAUCAAAACAUGGGAGACUUAUUUUUGAAAUUAUUUCUUUUUGAAUUGGUAUGUUCAUUAUGUAGAGUAUUUGUGGUCAACCCUUUGGUUUUGGGCAAUCCAUAAUUCUGUUGCAGAAAGUCCCUCGUACGUAGGGUUUUCUUUCCGAUUCCAAUCGUGCGACUUUUCGUUUUUCCUUCAAACCCAAUUUGAGGCAUAAUCUUCAUAGCAAAACAACAAAUUUAGAAGUAGAUCUGAGUUUUGUGGUAUUUGGUGUGAAGGAUUUGUGAACAUCAAGGAUCUCGUGUCUCGUGUAUCUGCGUGGGGAAGGGUUGCGGCUGUUUUGGCCGAUUUUGCAAGCGAAUUCGACAAUCUUCAAAGGAAUUGUAAUUUCUUACUAAAGAUUGAUGGCUUCUCUGGUGGUAUAGAGCGUCAGAAUCAACCGAUGAUGAUGGAGUAGAAGCAGGCGGAGGGAGGCCAGGAAGAUGAAAACAUGAUGCUGAAAGAGCAAAAAAAAUGGAAGGGAGGUGGGCGUUGGAUACCGGGCCCGCCUUGUUUGGGAGGUUCAAGAAGAGGAGGACCCAAUUGGUGAUAACAUGGCUCUAGACAAGCCAAAAAAACAGGGAGACAGUGGGUUCCGAUCAUUAGGCCCACCGGAUCAUCAAAAGCCGAUCGGAUGGAUGGGAAUGUGGAAGGUGGUGGUGCUCCGGAGGAUGGAGCAAGAUUUUUAUUUUAUUGUCUUUUUGCUUUUUAAUUUCUUUGAUCAUACCGAUUGUUUCCAGUUUUGUUUUUCUAUUCCCGUAAGACUGUGAGUUUGGAUUUAGGUGGUGGGAGGACUACUUUAACCAUGUUUGUCUCAUUUGCGCUCAGUCAAGAAUCAACGAGUUAUAUUGCUUCUCUGGAGCUGAUUAACUCUAAGUCUGGUUCGAGGGUCGACCGUUGCCAGUGAUUGUUUUAUCAUUUUACCUCAUAUCUAAAUGAUGUGAUAUCAUUUAUAUAUAAAAAUUAACUCACACACGGUAAACAUUGAGGAAAUAAAUUAGGGCCUAAUUUCUUUUCAGUUUUCAGGAAAUAAUCAAAUAAACAUGGGACUAAUUUUUUUAGGAAUAUGUAUUAGCUCGCCUUCACGGUAUUGAUUUUCACGUCAAUUUUAUCCAAAUAUAAAAGAUUUUAUUUGCCAUCUUAUUUUAAUAUUCACGUAAUUUUUUCGUGUUUUUUGUUGUUUCAGAAUGCUUUGUAUUUGUGCUACAUGGCAUGCGCGCAGUGGUUGCUUUGCUUUCUCGAGGGAUACUGUUGGACGAGGACGGCCGAGAGGCAAGCAUCACGGCUAAGGUUACAAUACAUGAAAGCAGUGUUGAGACAAGAUGUGGCCUACUUCGAUUCGCUCCACACAAACACAUCCGAUGUUAUCACAACUCUAUCAGCCGAUAGCCUUGUUAUUCAAGAUGUUAUCAGCGAAAAGGUACCAGUGUUUGUUGCAAACAUAUCAACAUUUAUUGGGGCUUAUUUGGUUUCAUUCAUAAUGCUAUGGAGGCUAGCUGUGAUUGCACUUCCAUCUGUGUUACUUUUGGUGAUUCCAGGCUUUAUGUAUGGGAGAACACUUGCAGCAAUAGCAAAAAAGAUGAGAGUUGAGUACAGCAAAGCUGGUAACAUUGUGGAACAGGCCCUUUCUUCCAUCAGAACAGUUUACUCAUUUGUGGGUGAAAGUAAAACCAUUGAGAAUUACUCCAAGGCUCUCCAAGGGACGGUAAAACUUGGCCUAAGGCAAGGCCUGUCAAAAGGCCUUGCCGUUGGGAGUAACGGAGUGGUUUACGCAAUAUGGUCAUACAUGUCAUAUUACAACAGCCGGUUGAUCAUGUAUCACGGCGUUCAGGGUGGCACUGCUUUUGCGGUUGGUGCUGCGAUAACAACCGGUGGAUUGGCAUUUGGAUCAAGCUUGUCCAAUGUGAAGUACUUCUCAGAGGCAAGUGCAGCAUGUGAACGAAUGAUGGAAGUUAUAAAAAGAGUGCCGAAGAUUGACUCAGACAACAGGGAUGGACACAUAAUGGACCAUGUUUCGGGCGAGGUUGAAUUCAAGCAUGUCCAGUUUGCAUAUCCAUCCAGACCUGAAACCACGAUCCUUAAAAACUUCAACCUACGAAUUCCUGCGGGCAAGAAAAUGGCACUUGUCGGAGGUAGCGGGUCUGGGAAGUCAACAACAGUCGCGCUGUUGCAGAGGUUUUAUGAUCCACUUCGAGGAGAGGUUCUUCUUGAUGGGAUAUCUUUAGAUAAGAUCAAUUUGAAAUGGUUAAGGUCACAAAUGGGAUUAGUGAGCCAAGAGCCUUCUCUCUUUGCCACUACAAUUAAAGAAAACAUAAUAUUUGGGAAGGAGGAUGCAUCCAUGGAAGAUGUCAUUCAGGCUGCAAAAGCUGCUAAUGCUCACAACUUCAUCUCCCAGUUGCAUCAGGGCUAUGAUACCCAGGUAGGAGAGAAAGGGGUCCAAAUGUCUGGAGGGCAAAAGCAGAGGAUAGCAAUAGCGAGAGCCAUUAUUAGAGCACCAAAAAUAUUCCUUCUUGAUGAGGCCACAAGUGCACUUGACCUGGAAUCUGAAAGGAUAGUCCAAGAAGCUCUAGACAAAGUUGCCUUAGGGCGCACCACAAUUAUCAUAUCCCACCGUCUCUCUACCAUCAGAAAUGCAGACCUUAUAUCGGUUGUACAAAAUGGUCAAGUAAAGGAGAUUGGCUCGCAUUCUGAUCUUAUUGAAAAUGAAAACGGUAUCUACACCUCUCUUGUUCGCCAACAAAUACCAAUAUCUCAAGACAUUUCGAGUGAUCCUCACACUAUUACUACCAGCAAAGAAUUAGUAGAACUAGGACUACCAUUAUCUAUCACAAGUAUGGAUUUGCAAAGUGGUUGUGCCAAAUUUGAAGACAAAGAGUUACCUCCAGCACCAUCAUUUAGACGUCUUUUUGCGUUGAAUUUGCCAGAGUGGAAGCAAGCAACAUUGGGAUCUAUAGGGGCAAUGUUAUUUGGUGCAGUUCAACCGACGUAUGGAUUUGUGUUGGGGGCAAUGCUAUCUGUGUUUUUCCUGCCCUCCCAUGCUGAGAUUAAGGAAAAGAUAACAAUUUACUCAUUGUGCUUUUUGGGUUUAUCUAUUCUCGCUAUCUUGCUCAGUAUAGUUCAACAUUACAAUUUUGCGAUCAUGGGGGAGUACUUAACUAAAAGGAUGAGAGUGAAAAUAUUAUCCAAGAUUCUUACUUUUGAAAUUGGGUGGUAUGACAAGGAUAACAACUCCACUGGUGCAAUUUGCUCUAGACUUGCUACUGAUGCCAAUGUGGUUAGAUCUUUGGUAGGUGAUCGAAUGGCUCUACUUAUUCAAACAUGCUCAUCUGUAGUUGUGUCUUGCACGCUUAGCCUAGUUCUUGCAUGGAAGCUUGCAUUACUGAUGAUGGCUGCACAACCCGCCAUUAUAAUGGGAUUCUACUAUAGACGUGUUUUCUUAAAGAAUAUGUCCCAGAAAGCUACGCAAUCUCAAGGUGAAAGCAGUAAAAUCGCAAUAGAGGCUGUUGCUAAUGUCCGAACAGUGACAUCAUUUUCAUCCCAAGCAAAGAUUCUCCAAAUGCUAAAGAAAGCUCAAGAAGGUACAAUUAGAGAUGGUGUUCGACAGUCAUGGUGUGCAGGCAUUGUUCUUGCAAUAUCCACAAGCCUAAUAACCUUCAAUGUAGCUUUGGCUUGGUGGUACGGUGGGAAAUUGGUAAAACAUGGCCUUAUUCCAGUCAAAUCUCUCUUUCAGACAUUUUUCAUAUUGAUCACCACCAGUCGUGUUAUAGCAGAAGCUGCAACCAUGACCAGCGACCUAGCCAAGGGUUCAAAUGCGAUAAGAUCCAUUUUCGCUGUCUUGGAUCGAGAAACCCGGAUAGAUCCAGAAGACCCGAAUAGCUACAUUCCAGAAAAACUGGUAGAAAAUGUGGAGAUCCGAGAUGUCCAUUUCACGUACCCGGAAAGGCCCGAUAUUUUUAUCUUCAAAGGCUUCUCGAUGGUAAUUCAAGGCGGUAAAGCAACCGCGUUAGUUGGGCCGAGCGGGUCAGGUAAGUCCACGAUAAUAGCCCUAAUCCAGAGGUUUUACGACCCAAUAAAGGGCUCAGUGAGAAUCGACGGCCGAGAUUUAAGAUCCUAUAAUCUACGGUCUUUAAGGAAACACAUCGCGCUAGUGAGCCAAGAGCCGAUGCUGUUCGCCGGAACUGUACGGCAGAACAUUACGUACGGAGUCUCUGAAACUGCCAACGAGGCAGAAAUCGUGGCGGCGGCAAAGGCAGCAAAUGCCCACACGUUCAUCGACGCGUUGGAACACGGAUAUGACACGUGGUGCGGCGAGAGGGGAGUACAGCUCUCGGGAGGCCAGAAACAGCGCGUGGCAAUCGCUCGAGCGAUUUUGAAGAACGCGUCGGUGUUGUUAUUGGACGAGGCCACGAGCGCGUUGGAUAGUAAAUCUGAGCGGUUGGUUCAAGAAGCACUGGACCGGAUCAUGAUUGGUCGAACUAGCGUGGUCGUAGCACACCGGUUAAGCACCAUACGGAAUUGUGACGUGGUUGCGGUUUUGGACAAAGGAGAAUUGGUGGAGGAAGGUACCCACUCCUCAUUGUUGGCUAAAGGCCCAAGUGGGGUUUACUAUUCCUUGCUUAGUCUUCAAAAUCCAGUGUAGUAAAUUAUUUUCUUACAAUGUAGCCAUUUAUUAAUGUGAAAAUAAAAAAAAAAACUUGUACCACAGUCCACCAAUAUGUAGAUUAUAUAGAGUUGUGUUCAAGUUUUAAAUACUAACCUUACUGUUAAAAGGACAGGCCUUGAUUGAGAAUGAGAAAAUUAAAAAAUAAAGUGUGAGACUCACACUAAGAGUUCGUUUGAUAACACUGAAAUUGGCUGAAUGAGCUGAUUUUGUUAAAAUUUAUGAAACUCUUGUUGAUGGUGACUGUUAGGG